UACCCCCUUCUCAGAGACGGAAAACACACAAAAGCCCACAAGAGCUUCCCCGAGCGUUAAAACAAGGCCAUAGUGAUCAUUAAGUGUGCUCACUCACAAACAUGCCUGGCAUCCUCUGGCUGGUCCUCUGCCUGUGGCUGGUGCUGCCGACCUCUGAAGCCGGGAGGCAGAUGCCGAAACUCUCUGACAAGAAACUCUGCGCCGACUCCGAAUGCAGCCAUCCCAUCCUGAUAGCACGUGCGCUGCAGGACUUCUACCCCGGAGACUGCAGGUUCAUCCCGAUCAGACAGGGGCAGCUCAUUUACGUCUACGCAAUGCUCAAAGACAGAGGGAACCUCUUCUGGGCCGGCAGCGUGCAGGACUCCUACUACGGACAGCAGGAGGCUCGCAUCGGACACUUCCCCAGCAGCGUAGUGGAGGAGACUCAUCCUCUCAUGCCAGCCAGCACCGAAGUCAAGACUACUAAUUGGGACUUCUACUGUAACUGAUGUUUCCUUCACCGGUAAAGAAAACGAAUAUCUACAUUUCAAGAUAACUUGUUUUGAGUAUAGUAAUAUUUUGGGCUUUGCUCAUCCACACUUUUGACAAUCUGCAGUGUAAGAAGAUAUGAACAGCUCGUGUGAUUUCUAAAAUGCGAUCAGGUUUCAUAACUAAUGUUUCCAGCUGCCGGCUGAAGAAAGGACCAUUUAUGCUUAAUGUUGCUAUAUUAGGCUUGUGUUUGUUCUGUAAUACUACAUCGUGCUGUGUGUAUCUGUUUUGCUGAUAUUAAAUGCAUUUGCGAAAGUUUUAAAGUUAAAUAAUGUGUUUUUUUAAAGAGAUUCAUGCUACUGCAUAUUAUGCUUGAUACUUGGGCAUCUCAAAUGAAAUACAGGUCAGGUAAUCUUUUUCCUUUUUGCAUAGAAAACAUUGCCCCUCCAAUUAAUACACUUAAAAGUACAAAAAACAACAACAUGGCAGCAACGUAGCAGACAUGUUUGAUUAUAAUUCAAAUUCAAGUUUUGGUCUUGAACAUUAAGCAAUUCAACAAUGUAUUCGAAAUAUAAUAUAUAACAAAAAACGAUCUAAAAGUGA